GUGACCGGGACGCGCCGUUCUUCCGUCGGCCAUUUUAGGUGGUCCGCGGCGGCGCCAUUAAAGCGAGGAGGAGGCGAGAGUGGCCGCCGCUGCUACUUCAUUCUUUUUUUUUUUUCAGUGCAGCCGGGGAGAGCGAGAGAGCGCGCUGCGCGAGAGUGGGAGGCGAGGGGGGCAGGCCGGGGAGAGGCGCAGGAGCCCUUGCAGCCACGCGCGCGCCUUGUCUAGGGUGCCUCGCGAGGUAGAGCGGGCAUCGCGCGGCGGCGGCGGGGAUUACUUUGCUGCUAGUUUCGGUUCGCGGCGGCGGCGGCGGCGGCGGCGGCGGGUGUCGUCUUCGGCGGCGGCAGUAGCACUAUGUCGGAGGAGCAGUUCGGAGGGGACGGGGCGGCGGCGGCGGCAACGGCGGCGGUAGGCGGCUCGGCGGGCGAGCAGGAGGGAGCCAUGGUGGCGGCGGCGGCGCAGGGGCCGGCGGCGGCGGGAAGCGGGAGCGGCGGCGGCUCUGCGGCCGGAGGCACCGAAGGAGGCAGCGCCGAGGCAGAGGGAGCCAAGAUCGACGCCAGUAAGAACGAGGAGGAUGAAGGCCAUUCAAACUCCUCCCCACGACACACUGAAGCAGCGGCGGCACAGCGGGAAGAAUGGAAAAUGUUUAUAGGAGGCCUUAGCUGGGACACCACAAAGAAAGAUCUGAAGGACUACUUUUCCAAAUUUGGUGAAGUUGUAGACUGCACUCUGAAGUUAGAUCCUAUCACAGGGCGAUCAAGGGGUUUUGGCUUUGUGCUAUUUAAAGAGUCGGAGAGUGUAGAUAAGGUCAUGGAUCAGAAAGAACAUAAAUUGAAUGGGAAAGUCAUUGAUCCUAAAAGGGCCAAAGCCAUGAAAACAAAAGAGCCUGUCAAAAAAAUUUUUGUUGGUGGCCUUUCUCCAGACACACCUGAAGAAAAAAUAAGAGAGUACUUUGGUGGUUUUGGUGAGGUUGAAUCCAUAGAGCUCCCUAUGGACAACAAGACCAAUAAGAGGCGUGGGUUCUGUUUUAUUACCUUUAAGGAAGAGGAACCAGUGAAGAAGAUAAUGGAAAAGAAAUACCACAAUGUUGGUCUUAGUAAAUGUGAAAUAAAAGUAGCCAUGUCAAAGGAACAGUAUCAGCAGCAGCAGCAGUGGGGAUCUAGAGGAGGGUUUGCAGGCAGAGCUCGCGGAAGAGGUGGAGGCCCCAGUCAAAACUGGAACCAGGGAUAUAGUAACUAUUGGAAUCAAGGCUAUGGCAACUAUGGAUAUAACAGCCAAGGGUACGGUGGUUAUGGAGGAUAUGACUACACUGGUUACAACAACUACUAUGGAUAUGGUGAUUAUAGCAAUCAGCAGAGUGGUUAUGGGAAAGUAUCCAGGCGAGGUGGACAUCAAAAUAGCUACAAACCAUACUAAAUUAUUCCAUUUGCAACUUAUCCCCAACAGCGGGAACUUCAUUGCAGGCCCUGUGUCGCGCUGACUUCACGAUUCUCACAGGCCCGCUCAAUGCGGACAGGGUACGAGAUGCUCACGCUCUCGAAUGCUGCCGUUUGGUAUGGUCUCUUCCAACAUCCUGUAUCAGCAUUAUAAAAUAAAGUGGAUACUUCAAGCUUUGCCUUCACUUAUUUCUUUGCUUUUUAAAAACUAUUUGUAAUGUAAUUUUAAUGCAUUUUUUACAGGCCCAGUAAUGGUUAAAUACGUCAGCUUACUGAAUAAUUUUAACUAUUUAUUCUUCUAAGGAUACAGCUUGUCUCUGGAUUUUCCAGUCUUAAUUUAUAUUUUAUUAAUCUAUUUUAAUGCUUGCUUUUCCCAUUUAUAGACGUUGUAGCAGUAAUUGCAAGAAGUUCUUGAGCUGAAUUCCUGUUGUGACAACUGCCUAUGUAUCUAUUGAUUACUUACGAUAAGAUAACUUUUUCUUCUAGUCAUAGAUAACUCUUCUAUAACUUGUGAUGAACAAGAGAUAUGCUGAUCCAGUAAAAUAAGUUUAAAUAAUAGAUGCUCUUGGGUCAAAAUGUCCUUUUAUCAAAAAUUGACUGGCCUUUUAUGAGUUCUUUAGGUAAUACUUUUUGAAAAUCUUUUUGUAAUUUUAAAGAAUUUUGAUGAGAGCAUAUCACAUCUUAAACCAGUGGUGCACAUGUGGAUUUACAGCUCAUGGACUCUACUGUUCAGCUUUAAUUUAUAAAGCAUACCCACACAUUUAAUGUUAUAUACAGUAUUUACAUGUAGUGAAACAUAGGGAUAAUUCAGUUGUAUGUAAGUUUUUGUAAGUAUCAUGGCCUGCCCCGAGUGAUUUUUGUCCCCUUUUCUUUGU